AUGCAGCGUUCCAGCUCAUUGUAUGUGGCUCCUAACUGUGGAGGGCCGUCCGUAACGAUUCCUCCACUGCUUACCACAUUGAGCAGCAAUCCAGACCAUCACCAUCACCACCACCAUAACCACCAUCAGCAGCAGCAACAGCACCAACAUUACAGCGUCGUCACUCCAAUCGAUACGAUUACGUUGGAAGCCAAUCUUCACAGUCCUACAUCCGGGCGUGGGUCGCUGAAGCGCAAACUUCCAAUCUCCGAGCUGGAGGAUCACUUUCCCGUCUCGGUCACGGUGGCACCGUACGCAACCCUCCCGGAUACCGUCACCAUCAAUGGGCCGCUAGUGACGAAGCAGCGCAAGGACAUUGAUACUGGCGCCGGUAUUGGUGUGGAGUUGCACGAGUUCCCGGCGUUCGGGCAAGCCUUCCAAGGUGUGUCCGGCAUUGGGCAGUUCUACGUGAUUGGCCCAAACGAUACGAACAACAACAAUCCAGCAAAUCCGUUGAGCGACGCGCAUGACCCGCAUCACCAGCAGCUAGCGACGUACAUCUACGACGCGCCUGGUGAGCUAGAUGCCGGUGCAGAGGAUGCGGAGGUCAUACCGAUCAGUGAGCAUCAUCUAACAUCCACCGUGCUGGCGCCGGUUGUUAGUGACGUGGUACACCACACGAACGGUAUCGUGCUGACCGAUAUAAGCUCCUCCACCUGGACCAGUACGGCGGAGCUGCUCGAUCUGGACCGUAAAGGGUCGUCGACCAUACCUACCAACGUGCAUCAUCAUCGCUACUCCAUUGUGAGUACCGAGCAUCAUCAUCAUCAUCAGCAGCAGCAGCAGCUACAGCAGCAACAUCAACAAAACAGCCAUCAACAACAUCACCAACAACAUCACCAUCAUCAGCAGCAACACCCGCAUCUUACCUCACAGCAUCAGCAUCAGCAGCAGCAACACCUUCACCAUCACCACCACCACCAGCCAUUGCUUCAUGUACCGUCGAUGCACACACACCAUCAACCUCAGCAACAAUCGACAACAUCCUCCCCCUCGUCUCCGCGGCCUCCGCCACCACCACCUCCUCCUCCACCACCGCCACCUCCAGCGCCAACCACAUCCUCAGCAAAUGCCGAACAUGUGCACACACAUCGCAACAAUCAAGACGUGAAUCAGCAGUACAGUGGCGGUGGUGGUGGUGGUGGUACUACGGGAGGUAACAGUAGCCCGUACAAUGGUACCAACAAUCAGAGUUCGGCCAGCAACUGGUCGAAUUCGGGUGAACCGUGUCGGUCCACGUCGGGUGGUAGCAGUCCACGGCGCACAGAAGCGACAACCACCACCUCAGCGUCGACAACUCCUGCCAGCGUGCUCACAAAUGGUAUGAAGACACCCGAACGCUUAGCAUCACAAACCCCAGACACACCAGAAGACUGCAAGAAUCUGUCAUGGUUGCUCAACUUCAAGCUGGAUGACAUCCCGAACCUAUCGCCCCGCUCCAAUCGGAAGCAGCGUUCGAAAGCGUUUGCCCCCGGGGCAGGACCGGGCACAGCGAAUCAGGAGUGUGCCGCUGCUGGCGGCGGUAGUGGUAGCGGUGGCCUGGGCGGUGAAUCCGGUACAGUUGCCAUCGAGGAGGGUGAUCUAAACGUAGGCGAGAACGUUACGAUCGAAAGCAGUAAUGGCAAAUCACCUAAGAAGCCACCGUUCACGUACACCGAGCUAAUAGAGUACGCACUGGAGGAGCAGGGUGAUCUAACCGUGGCCGCUAUCUACCAGUGGAUCUCUGAUCAUUUCCCGUACUACAAAUCGCAUGACGACCGUUGGAAGAACUCCGUCCGCCAUAACCUGUCGAUUAAUCCACACUUUCGCAAGGGUCGCAAAUCGUCGCACGGUUCCGGCCACCUAUGGACAAUCUCUAGCCGCAACUCGGAGGACAAUUUUCUCGCCUGGGAGCAUAAAAAGCAACGCUUUGAAUGGUUUUUCAAGAUGGAGGCUAAUGCGCGUAUGCGAGAGGUCGGCACGAAUGACACGAUGACGGAUGCGGAGGUUGCGGCGGCGACAGCCAGUCUGGCCCAGUACGUUCCCAAAUCGCCCACCACAGGCUCACCGGUGAAUCAGUGCAUGGAAACGUUAAAUUCCGCAUCGUCCGAACAGCAUCGUCAGCAUCUAUCUCAUACAAUGCAACAGCAGCAGCAGCAGCAGCAGCAAUCCCAUCAGCAGCAACAACAUCAGCAGCAUCAACAGCAUCACCAUCACCAUCACCAACAGCAGCAGCUAACCGCGACGUAUCAUGAGGCCCAAACACUGUACGCAGACAUUAUCACCAGCGCACAGUUUAAGGUGACAGCAAGGACGGAAGAGAUCAAACAUCCGGACGACGAUACCUUCAACGGGUUGCGACGUGGAGGCGAUAUCCAGAUCGAUCGUCCAACGCAAACGAUCCAGACGUACGAGAUGCUCGAUUCUGCGGAGUACAAUAUUGCCGACUACCUGAACCCGGUGCCGAAGGAGGAAAUAGUGCAGGAGUGCGGACUACGCUCGGUGGCACUCGAUCCGGCCGAGCUCGGUAUCAACAUACCGUCCUCCACCGGGCAGGAUGACGACAUACUGUUCGAUGACUUCAAUCUCAACUACUUCGGCAACAACAUCAUGACCUGACGACGUGCUCCAACAGC